AUGUCAAUCAAUGAAGAAGAUUAUUUGCAGUUAGAAAAGGAAAUCAAUUUGGACGAUAUUGAUUUCUCAGACUUGGAGGAAAAGUAUGAAGCUGAUGUUGGAUUAGAUAAUUACAUUAUUGUUGAUGGUGCACCAGUUGCACCAGAAUCAAAGGUUCCUGUUUUAACUAAGGUGCUUAGAAAGUUGUUCAGUACCGUGGGAGAAAUAGUAGAAGGAGAAGAAGGUCUUUAUAUGCCAUUAGAGGAUGGAAAAUCUAAAGGGUAUUUAUUCAUUCAAUACAAAACACCCCAAGAAGCUGAUUCCGCGAUUAAAAAGUUACACGGUAAAAAGUUGGAUCAGAAUCACAGAUUGUUGGUGAACAAGUUUUCAGACAUUGAGAAAUAUGGUUCAGUUAGCGCCGAGUUCAAAGAACCAGAGGUUGAACCAUUUAAGUCGCACGGUUAUUUGCACAAUUGGUUGCAAGAUCAACAAGGAAGGGACCAAAUAGUGACUCAUUUUGGAGAAACUGUAGGUAUUCACUGGAGCAAAAAGGCAAGUGAUCCCGAACAGGUUGUUGACCCUAGAAAAGGAUUUACCUCCAAGUACGCCAAGUUUUCACCAAAAGGUACAUAUCUUUUUUCAAUCCACCCUCAAGGAAUUCAGUCAUGGGGAGGUGCUGAUUUCCAUAGUGUCAGGAGGUUCUUUCACAACCAGGUUAGACUUAUAGAUUUUUCACCCAACGAGAAAUAUAUGGUUACAUUGUCACCCAUCCCCAUUGCAUUACCAGAUUCGGCCGCCGAUAGACAACAAUUUCCCUUUGGACCCGAGAGUGAAGGACACAAGUUGGUUAUAUGGGAUAUGAUUACUGGUGAACCGGUUAGAACCUUUGCCUUGCCACCUCAUCUUGAACACCAAAAGGAAAUGCCAUGGCCGUUGGUCAAAUGGUCUUUUGAUGAUAAGUAUUGUGCUCGUCAAGGACCUGAUGCUUUGGCUAUUUAUGAAACUCCAAGUUUCCAAUUAUUGGAGAAAAAGUUGGUGAAAAUUGAUGGCAUUCAAGAUUUCGAAUGGGCCCCAGCGGGAGUAAAAUUACACAACAAUAAGGGUUCGAACCUUGAGCACAUCUUGUCAUACUGGACACCAGAAAGUACCAAUCAAACUGCAAGAGUUGCCGUAAUGCAGAUCCCUAGCAGACAAGUCUUACGUACUGUGAACCUUUUCCAAGUUAGUGACUGUAAGAUGCAUUGGCAAAGUGAAGGAAAGCUUUUGUGUGUUAAAGUUGAUAGACACACUAAAUCAGGUAAGACUAUUUUUUCCAACCUUGAUUUCUUCAAGUUAGGCGAAAAGGAUGUUCCAGUGGAGAAGCUCGAAUUGAAGGAUGUUAUCGUCAACUUUGGAUGGGAACCAAAUAGUGAAAGAUUUAUCACCAUUAGUCGCUUGGAUGACGGAGAUCCAAAUCCAUCUAUACCAAAAAACACCAUUACUUUUUACGCACCAGAAGUCGCCAAGGGAAAGAAUGCAAACUCAAAAUACAAGGCGUACAAAGUCGUUGAAAACAAACACUCCAACACCAUUGCUUGGUCACCAAAGGGAAGAUAUGCCGUUGUUGCCACAAUUUCAAGAUCUGCGGGUGAAAUUGACUUUUUUGAUGUAUCAUUUGAUGAUGAGACCAGCAAGAAAGGUGCACCAGCCAACGUCAAGUUGCUUAAGACCGACCAGUAUGUGGGAAUGACCAACAUUUCUUGGGAUCCUUCUGGCAGAUUUGUCACUGCGUGGUCUUCCUCAUGGUUACAUGCUAUCGAUAAUGGGUACAGAUUAUACGAGUUCACCGGUAAAUUGUUGAGAGAUGAAUCAAUUGACCAGUUCAAGGACUUUAUCUGGAGACCACGUCCUGAAAGUUUGUUAUCAGCCGCUGAGAAGAAAAAGGUUCGUUCCAACUUGCGUGAGUACUCUGCUCAAUUUGAAGAAAUCGAUGCUAUGGAGGCCGAUGCAGCCGUUAAAGAAGCCAUCUUGGCAAGAAGAAAGGCAUUGGAGGACUGGAGAGCAUACAGAGCUAAGCACGUGAACAAGAAGGCACAAACCAGUGAUGUGAAGGCUGAAAUUAUCGAAGAAAUUAAGGAGGAGAUCAUUGAAGAAAAGGAGGAAAUUGUCGAGUAA